AUUGGUCUCUCCCUCACCGGUCCCGGCUGUGGCGGCCCGUGAAGGUUCCAGAAGCGGCUCCGGUUCGGGCGGGCCCGGAACCGCUCGGGGCUCCCGGUCCGAGGCUCCCGGAGGGGCCCGGGGAGCCGCCGGAGGGGCCCGGCAGUGCCCGGGGAUCCCGGUUCAGUUCCGGUUGGGCGGUACCGGCAGGGCCCGGUCGGUACCGGAGCCAUGAACGGCGGCGGGGCCGGGCCGGGCCCGGUGUGGCUGGCGGUGAGCAGCUCCCUGAACGCGUUCCGGGCCUGCAAACGCUUCUCGCCGUCGCUCACCAUCGCCGAGCUGAAGUGCAAGCUGGAACUCGUUGUGGGCUCCCCGGCGUCGUGCAUGGAUCUGGAGCUGUUCGGGGCUGAGGACGAGGCGCUGGGGCCGCUCGACUGCGACGAGGCCCUGCUGGGGUCGUACCCGGUGACAGACGGGUGCAGGAUACAUGUGACAGACAGGAGCGGUGCCCGGGCCGGGCAGUUCGAGGACCUGAGCCAGGUGGCCAAGUACGAGAUGGCCGAGAGUGACUAUGACAAGAGGACAGAGUCGGUGCGCUCGUUCCUGCGGCAGCGUUCCUGGGGCCGGUGGGACCGGGAGCGGGAGCAGGAGCGGGAGCGGGAGCGGGAGCAGCGCCGCGCUCAGGAGUGUCCCUGUCCCCAGAGUGUCACUGUCACUGAUGUCCCCUGUCCCUGUCCCCAGAGUCGGUGCGCUCGUUCCUGCGGCAGCGUUCCUGGGGCCGGUGGGACCGGGAGCGGGAGCAGGAGCGGGAGCGGGAGCGGGAGCAGCGCCGCGCUCAGGAGGCGGCGGCGGCCGCGGCGCUGCCGCUCGGGGCUCGCUGCGAGGUUCGGGUCCCGGGCCAGCCCUGCCGCCGGGGCACCAUCGCCUUCGUGGGUGAGACGGAUUUCAAGCCGGGGAUUUGGGUGGGGGUGAGCUACGAUGAACCCAUGGGCAAGCACGAUGGAAGCGUGGGCGGCCGCCGUUAUUUCUCGUGCCCUCCCGGCUUCGGGGCGUUCGUGCGGCCGCAGAGCGUCAGCGCCGGCGACUUCCCGCCCCUGGACGACGGCCUGGACGAGCUCUGAGCGCCCAAAACCCCCAAAUUCACCCCAAAAAAAUCACAAUAAAAAAUUCCAUAAAAAUCA